UAGUUCUGCAAGGUUCAAGAUUUACAUCAUGUCACUGUCAGAUACUUAUGCAUCCGUUCGUCUUGGGAAUGCCCCCCACGCUUAGGUGUCGUCGUUGAAGAAAACCAUGACUACGUCGUCAACGAGCCAAUACUCCUCGUUGCUUUCAUCGACGUCAUCAUCCGCCCCCAGUUCGACGUCGACAAGCAAUGUAAAUACGUUGAAUAGCAGUUCAUCGCUACUCUUUGGCUUUCUCGUCAGUGUUUUGUCACUCUUUGGCUUGUUCAUGAUCAGUGGUCUCAUAUGGCAUCGUCUGGUCAUACGGCGUCGCAUGAUCGAUGAGUCGUUGCGGGUUGAUAUCCCCUUGCAGAGGAAUCCUGUGCAGAAGCCUGCACUGUGGGAUGUAUGGACUUUGCUAGGUCAAGACUGUUCGCAAUGGAGAGACACACAGCCGUUGGCAGCGGAAAAGUACGACAUGCCGUUGCCACCGCCGCUGGAUAGCCAAACACCGAGAUCUUCUUUCUGGAAACGUCAGGUUAUCGACCGCAUACCACCUGAGAUAACCUAUAUCUUUGCUCCUCCCACCCUAGCUAAAGUGACUGAUUCACCACAUUUGAAUCAUUCGAGGAUGGAGCUCCCACUGGACCAAUCUCUUCUCCAAGUUUCGGUUUUAAUAGCCAUGCCGCAACCACCGGAUUUGUUACCACCUUCGUCGAAAGGUGUGGGAUCGAAGAAGCUCAAACCAUUGUAUGAGAUCGUUAUUGGGACAUCGAAUGUGCACUAUCAUGAUCAUGACUUGGACUUGCAGUAGAUAUGGUGUUUGUUUUGAAUAUUACGACUGCUACGUGUUUCCUGCUAUCUUUCUACUUUGACGUAUCUCACCAGGGUAUAAUUAUUGC